AGUUCAGCACAUUCUUCACCUUUUAUCAAGGAACCCAAAGCACACAAAGGCUGUUACCGUUUAAAACAAUUUACACGUACCUGCAUAAAUAUGAGAGAAAUAUCAAAGGGUUUCUGUCGGCUUUUUGUGUGACAUUUCUCUCUGAUUACUGUUACACAAAGGGCUCGAGGACAAAAGCUGAAACAGCCAAUGAACGAGCGCGUUGUUUGUUUGCGACGUUUCCCCAAGAAUGUGAAGGUGGGGCGUUUUGCGAUAUUCAGGAAAUUGUCAUUUUUCUAUUUAUCUCAGAGUAGAGAUGUACAAAUGUAUUUCGUUUUUUUUCUUAGCGUGCUUACACUUCUAAGAACUCUUUGAAUGGUUCCCCAUUUAACAUAAUGAUGACGAGAAAACCCAACCAACCUCAACCCCCAAAGAGAAGAGGAAAGGUCCGUGCUAGUGCCAGUGGGCAAAUUGACUCACUGGACAAUACCAUGACUGACUCAGAGACAGUUCCUCCAUCACAAAAGAGGCACCUGACCAUGAUGCAGCAUGGCGACAACCUCCUCAAGUUUCUAAACGAGGACCGAACGAAGCAGAGGUUCUGCGACAUCUCCGUCAGUGUGGGCGGGAAGCGCUACAGGGCCCACAAAGCCAUGUUGGCGCACGGUAGCAGCUACUUCCACGCCGAGCUGACCAAAAACCCAACCGCCGAUCACGUGAUUCUCGACCACGUGGAGGAUUCCGUGUUCCAACACUUACUGCACCUCCUUUACACGGCCGAGUGCGUCAUUCCCGAGAGCGAGGUCCCUGCCCUGACUGAAGCGGCCGGCUUCCUGGACAUGAUGGAUGUAGUGAAGCUCCUGGCAGGAGAGGGGGAUGGCCGGCCAGCGCUUGCCCGAGUGGAGGUUAAGUCCGUGGGGGAACCAAGCUCAGAGAAGACCUCUAUAGCUUCUGACCUUCCAUCGGACUGUGUCGGGGUCCAAAGCCCAGUCCAUUCUGGUGCCCACCAUUGUUCGUUCUGCAGCCGCACAUUUUGCUACAAGAAGUCUCUGGAGAACCAUUUAAACAGGAACCACAGUAGCAACACCGAGGUAGACGCCAGAGAAAAGGUGGUCAAUCAAGAGGUUACUACCAUGGUAACCACGACCCGGAGGUCUGCCCGCAGGAGGAGAGUUCCCGCUAAAUUGGAGAGAGGGGACGCGGACAGCUCCGGCGCAAUAGAGGGGACGCUACAUCAAGACCCCGCUAGUCGAGACCCAACCACCACAGAGGAAGACGACGAGGAAGAAGAAGAAGAUGGGAGAAAACCAAAGCACAUAUCCGACACAGGUGAUGCACUCACCCCAACCGAGGGUGAGGAGGCGGAAGAGGAGAGGGAGGAGGAGGAGAUGGUGGAGGAAUGUCAAAGUGCGUUAGUACGGAGAGCAAGAGAGAGCGGUGAGAGUUCAGAGGUGGAGACAACUGAACACCACACAGUCAAUGAGGUGGAGGUAUAUAGUCAGGCUGCCAAUGGUUCUAACUAUGGAGCAGUGUACCCAGAGGGACUGGCUCCUGUCAUCAUCCAGAGCGUAAGCAAGAAGACGCUCAAGUGCCCCAAGUGUGACAAGACCUUUGACCGCACAGGGAAGUAUGAGAGUCACACCAGGGUACACACGGGAGAGAAGCCUUUCCAGUGUGACGUGUGUCUGCAGUGUUACUCCACCAAGUCGAACCUCACUGUACACAAGAAGAAGCACGCCAGUGACGCCCCCUUCCAGAAGAAGGACCACAAGUGCUCCUUCUGCAACAAGCUCCACGCCAGCAAAAAGACCCUCGCCAAACACGUCAGAAGGUUCCACCCGGAUCACAUUCAGGAGUUCCUGGCCAUGAGGAGGAAGAAGAACGAUGGAUGGAAGUGUGAUAUCUGCCACAAGUCUUUCACACGUAGACCCCAUCUGGAGGAGCACAUGAUUCUACACACGCAAGACCGACCCUUCAAAUGUGCCUUCUGCGACGACUACUUCAAGUCCAGGUUUGCCCGCUUGAAGCAUCAAGAAAAGUACCAUUUAGGUCCGUUCCCAUGUGACAUCUGUGGCCGCCAGUUCAACGACACGGGUAACAGGAAGAGGCACAUUGAAUGUACACACGGGGGCAAGAGAAAAUGGACCUGCUUAAUCUGUGGGAAGUCAGUGAGGGAGAGGACAACGUUGAGAGAACAUUUGCGGAUUCACAGCGGAGAGAAACCUCACCUCUGCAGUAUCUGUGGACAGAGUUUCCGCCACGGCAGCUCUUAUAGGCUUCAUCUUCGAGUCCACCACGACGACAAGCGCUACGAGUGUGACGAAUGCGGAAAGACGUUCAUACGCCACGACCAUCUGACCAAACACCAGAAAAUACACUCGGGGGAGAAAGCCCACCAGUGUGAGGAGUGUGGGAAGUGUUUCAGACGUCAUGAUCACCUGACCGUCCAUUACAAAAGUGUCCACCUGGGAGAGAAGGUGUGGCAGAAGUAUAAAACAGCUGUGCAUCAGUGUGAGGUCUGUAAGAAGGAGUUCAAAGGGAAGUCCAGUCUGGAGAUGCACUUCAGAACACACUCAGGUGAAAAACCUUACCGAUGCCCCGUGUGCCAACAGACGUUCCGCAUUAAGAAGACCCUCACCAAGCACAUGGUGAUCCACUCGGAUGCCCGCCCCUUUAACUGCCCACACUGCAGUGCCACCUUUAAGAGGAAAGACAAGCUGAAGUAUCAUAUGGACCAUGUACACGGUGCUAAGUCCACUGAGCAGCAGCAGCACCACCAGCAGCAGCACCGCCAGCAGCCUCCGGUGGUGCUGACAGAGGAUAAGAUGGUGACUCUGCCUUAUAAUACCCACGGCCCCUCCAAAGUGUACCGGGCUGAACCGAAGACCGUUCUCCAGAACGUCCCCUCCGAUGUGUGUGUGCCUGUCACGCUGGUGCCCGUCCAGAUGCCCAGGGUGGUCUCGGGGGUACAGGGUGACCUGAGGGGACACGUAACCUGCCCGCCCCAAGGUCAGGGGCAGCAGCAGACAGCUGGGGGGUACCAGACUGCCACAGAGCUGGCGUUCCUGGAGAAGUACACGCUUACCCCCCAGCCGGCCAACAUUGUUCACCCGGUGCAGCCUGACCAGAUGUUGGACCCCAGGGAUCAGUCGUACCUGGGCACCCUGCUGGGCCUGGACUCUGCCACCCCCGUCCAGAACAUCUCCAACUCGGACCACGUCACCCAUUGAUAAUGCCUCUCUAUACUUCCCUUUUGGCAACAUUUUAUUUAAAGGGUACCGACAUAAGGACAUUAUAACACAUUUAUAACCCAUACAGUACACAUUUAUAACCCAUACAGUACACAUUUAUAACCCAUACAGUACACAUUUAUAACCCAUACAGUACACAUUUAUAACCCUUACGAAACUGUAUGAGCCCAUAGAGGUAACGUUUAUUUGAAGGGUACGGUUGUUAACAUAAGCAUUCACAAAAUGCUCUUGCCCUGCUUAUGCAUGGCUUAUGUAUGGGUUAUGAAUGGGUUAUGUAUAGUUUAUGAAUGGGUUAUGAAUGGCUUAUGUAUGGGUUAUGAAUGGGUUAUGUAUGGGUUAUGUAUGGGUUAUGUACAGGUUAUGAAUGGGUUAUGAAUGGGUUAUGAAUGGGUUAUGAAUGGCUUAUGUAUAGGUUAUGAAUGGGUUAUGAAUGGCUUAUGUAUGGGUUAUGUAUGGGUUAUGUAUAGUUUAUGAAUGGGUUAUGAAUGGGUUAUGCAUGGCUUAUGUAUAGUUUAGGAAUGGGUUAUGAAUCUGUUAUGAAUGGGUUAUGAAUCUGUUAUGAAUGGGUUAUCUAUGGGUUAUGAAGUUUUUAUGUAGCUAUACUUAAAAUAAAAUGCGAUCGUCCUGCUCUUUUAACCUCUGCAGCUUAUUCAGGGGCGAACGCUCUGAUAGAAACAGAUGGUGUCGAACAGGUCUAGUUGUCAGCCGUGUGGAACAGGGAAUCUCAUCAGCUCCAUUUGUGAUAUUUAUAUCUGCGAUCGUCCAAACGUUGCACCACCUUGAUUGAGCCCCAAGUCUUUCAUCAUAUUUUAUAGUUCAAAGAGCACUUUUAAAAAAAGUUUCUCUUGUCACACAAAAGCCUAAGAUCUCUGUCAUUCCAGAGAUCAUAAAUGUGACAGGAGCCUGAUUGAUUACAAAAGGUCAUUCCAGAACAGGAUGUCUCAUUUCCAAAUAGCUGGCUGUAUGUCUGAAUCUUACAGGUGUAAUCUGGCUAUUUAUUCACAAUUUAAAUUGAAUUAUUAUACACGUAUUAUACAACACAUUUACCCCAUGCAAAUCAAGUUCCAUAAUAUUCCACGUUUCUUAUACCAGUUACCACAGAAUUUUAGAGUAACAAUCAAUCAUGGUGUUGUCAGCCUGUUGCUCCGGGACGAAGUUUCCCCUGUACAGAUCUAGGAUCAGAUUCCCCUCCCCCAAUAGUAACCAUAACCAAAUACACCAUCAGUGGGGGAAAUGCAAUGCGUCUAGGGGUGACGUCCCAACACCCAGCAGGCUCCUCAAAACUAGAAAGGGCUGUUUAAUCCGUGUAUCAUGAGGUCAACCACGUCUGAAUCAAUCUUAAAGUAUUCUGUAUAUUAUGUAUAUCAUGUUUCUUUCACAAUGGACAGGAGGGAACAGCCUGGGUAGUAUGUAUAAAACACCCUGAUCUAGGAUCAGGCCAUCCUUCCGUCCAUGUAAUCUUAUUCAUUACGAUCUAAAAGGCAAAACUGAUUCUAAAUCAGCACUUCUACUCUGAGACGCUUGAUACUUAUGAUAGGUUUCUGUCCUUAUGGGGAUGUACUGUCCUUAUGGGGAUGUAUAUGUUGCCUUAUAGGGGAUCACCAUGUUCAUUAAUGUGCAUUAUAAACCGGGUGGUUCGAGCCCUGAAUGCUGAUUGGCUGAAAGCCAUGGUAUAUCAUGGGUAUGACAAAACAUUUAUUUUUACUGGUCUAAUUAUGUUGGUUACCAGUUUAUAAUAGCAAUAAGGCACCUCAGGGAUAUGUGGUAUAUGGCCAAUAUACCGUGGCUAAGGGCUGUAUCCAGGCACUCUGCGUUGCAUUGUGCAUAAGAACAGCCCUUAGCCGUGGUAUAUUGGCCAUAUACCACACCCCCUCAAGCCUUAUUGCUUAAAUAAUCUUGACUUCUCUCUGUCUAUCCAAUAUAACCUCUAAAUAAACUGAACUUUCCUCUGUCUAUCCAAUACAACCUCUAAAUAAACUUGACUUUCCUCUGUCUAUCCAAUACAACCUCUAAAUAAACUUGAUUUCUCUCUGUCUAUCCAAUACAACCUCUAAAUAAACUUGACUUCUCUCUGUCUGUCUAAUA